CUAUGAAAGCAAUGUAGCUGCAGCUUAUAGCAGCGAGCAAUGUUGGUAUCCAAGCAGUUGUGGAAAGCUAAACAACACUUGAGAUUGACCCUCAUGGUUGCCCACUCGCCCUUUUUAGGACAGGGAACUCCCUCUACUUGUCAACCUGAUGAGCUGGUGAGGACUCAGCCGUUAAGAGUUCAGAGAACUUUUGCUCUCCACCUGAAAGAGACAUCCCACUUCUCAGAGAAGUUGAAGGUCACCCCUUCAAACCUGCACAUACACUUCACUCAAGCCAUUUCCAGACUUCUCUUCCUUUGGUGUGCACCCAAACGGACCAACUCCAGCAUCCAUGAACUCAUUCUUCUACCUGAAUAUUGGACCCUCCAGGUUGCGAAGAGUCUGCAGAUGCUGCAGAAAGUUCUUUAAGACCUCCCCAAGCAGUGACUCCGAAAAGGGCAAGCCCCCCAGAGGGAGGUUCUGGCCACGAAGCAAGCGGGUUGAGCCGACUCCAGCGCCACCUCCAACUCCCUCAGGGGGCACCCCGACAGUCUCGGGAGUCACCAUCGGUUUGACAACUAUCCAGGAGGAAGUGGACAGAGCUGAGGUCAUCUUCAGCUGGACCCAGUUCCUGUCCGCAGUAAUAGAAGACGUCAAAGACAUCAGGUCGCAGGGUGGUCAGCUUCUGACCUAUGAUAAGGAUGAGGCUGUGCAAGCCGUACUGGAAAUUAUGGAGGAUGUCAAAAAGCAUCCGGACCCUGGGUUCCUGCUGCGGUUAAGCCUGGAUGCCGUCACGGAACUCACCAAAAUGAAGCCGCCUAUGCCCUUCAAUCUCAAGGCAGCAGUCCUCAAUGUGGCGGUGUCCGGGCUGAACCAAGUGGACCCAGGGACCCAGGAGAACAUGGCAUCCUUUAAGAAGAUGCUCAGGGGGCUGCUGGAGGAGGCCCCCUCUGUCUACAGCACCAUUGGCAUCUUGAAGGAGCUCCACAGGUAUAUUGAAUCAGAGGAGCCCCGGCUGCAGGCUCUGGGCUGAGAAGCCUACGUCUACGUCCUGCAGCAUGUGGCCAGACUGCCCAAUGUGGAACUGACCACACACAAGGCUCUCUUGCGCAUUGAAGAUGACUUGACUCAUCAUUUGAUUGAAAGCACCAUCAAAG